GGCAGAGUAACACCGAAGACUGCAAGAUUCUAUCCUGAAUCCAAGCCAUCACAUAUGACAUUCAAAUAAGAGUCACUGAACAAUAGUAUAUAUUAGAAAAAAAAGAAAUCUAGAAACUACACUAAAAUACAUUUUCAGAAAACCUCUUUUUUUUUCAACAACAAAACAAAGCAACAUAAAAUAAAGAUGAGGAAUUCUUGGGUCUUGCUCUGCGUCUCUCUUAUUGUCUGUGGUUUGGUGACCGAAUGUUUUGGCUACACUUUAAUGCCUAAAGAUAAGAGAGGAUGGACUUUAAACAGUGCCGGUUACCUACUUGGCCCACAUGCUCACCGAACUCUGGCUGAUAAAGGAGGCCUGCCUGGAAAACGUGAGAUAGUUGAAGAUAUGUAUAAAUCGGGACGAGAUGCAUAUGUUUCCCAGCUCCAUUCUCUGGAUGAAAACACGAUUCAAACUGUCUUAGAGUUUCUUUCCUACAUUCGGCUCAAAGAAGUUGGAGCUCUGGACCAUUUGGCUGUCCUCAUCUCUGAAGAAUCUACACAGCCGUAGGAACAUAUGCCGGCAUUGACCCAGCCUGUACGUAGAGUGCAUAUAGUCAUGCCCCAGCCUCAACCUAAAAACUCCAAAAUAUAGAUAAAUUGACAACCAAAAGAAGAAUAAAAUAAAAGAUAUUUUUUUCCUGA